AUGAACUUCUACCUUCUAUUGCUAGCGGCGCUCACUUCUGCCAUUAACACGACACCGUCCCUCCUUUCCCCAGGCGUUGACCCUAACACAACACUGCCACUUUCCUCUUUGGAUGUUGCAUAUCGUUGCGCAUCUCCAGCACGACACGAUCCUGGUCGUGUCAUGCCGUCUGCAUUGGACUGUCUAAAUAUCUUGACCUUUAUCCUCGCUACUACACCCAACCAUAACCGACCGACUCAGUGGAGCCGAAUUCCAGGUUCAGACCACACCAUAUUGCCAUAUCGCCGGUUCAGCGGCACUUGUCAGCUUGUCGUACGACUCACUCCAGUACAUCCAGCUCCGACAGUGGAAACAGCAACAUUUGAUCACGUCAUCGGAGCCGCCAUGCGGAUCAUCGAAGUUUGUUUUUUGAACAGCAGACCGGAUACAGAGCACCGGGGUGGUACUGCUGUGGUUGGCUCGAAUAAGUAUUUGGAUGUCGUUGUCUGGGGGGCACCCGAUUCUGGUGGUAACGAAGCGCUUUUGAACAACGAGACAGUCGCAUUGAACGGAUCAGGCGCAUGGAUUCCUCGACUUUCUCAGACUUGA